GCACACUUCUUACGUUAUUUCCUUGCACCAUGUUGCUCCCUUGGUUCAUAACACUUGUACAUCUAGCUUUUGGCAGUUUUUGUAUUUGUUGAAGGCCAGCGCCACGCUAUAUUUGUCCUGGGGCAUUCUGAGAUAUAUGCCUUAGCAUGUGCGAGCAAGAACAGGCAUAAUACAAUUUAGCAUGAUUACUCAAUACAUAUAUAUUAGAUUAAUACCGUGCAUAUAAUACCUAUUAAUAUGGGGAGGUGGGGGAAGUGUGUGUAUAUGUGACCAUAAUGCCUGGAGAGGCCUCACCGAGAGUGCUUAAUCAGGGCAAACUACAAAGAAUGGGGCAGGCAUUCCCCAAAAGUGGUAGUCCUUCCUAUUAUUAGAUUUACCAGACAGUAACAAAACAGCUUCUAUAUUAUCUUACUGGUUACCAAGAAGCCCAAAAAUACAGUUUCCCUUACGCAAUUCAGCCCUGGACUGCAACCCAGACAACCAAGUCAAACGUAGUGAGGAUUACUUAAAAUUGUUUUCACCAUAUAUAAAGAUCUACCAAUCCCAAGAGUUCAGACCCAUUGCUCAGCAGGUCCAGCAACAUGUUUGAGGUGCCAUUGCCUCUGGAUCGAGAUGGGAUCCUCUUCCGGCUCCGCUUUACCACCCUGGCUGUCGGGACCGUGUGUUGCCCGCUGUUUGGAUUCCUUUUCUGUGUGAUCUGGUCUCUGCUGUUCCACUUCCAGGAAACGACAGCUACUCACUGCGGUGUCCCCAAUUACCUCCCCUCCAUCAGCGCCGCUAUUGGCGGAGAGACCCCUCAGCGCUACGUGUGGCGUCUCUGCAUUGGCCUCCACUCCGCGCCCCGCUUCCUGGUGGCCAUCGCAUACUGGAACCAUUACCACAGCUGUCACUGCGCGCACCCUCGCUACCCGCGGCUCUGCCGCAUCAACUUCGCCCUCAACGUGCUCGAAAAUGUCGCCCUCCUUUUGCUGACAUACGUGUCUUCCUCGGAAAACUAUGCAAUCCACGAAAAUUCCUUCAUCCUCUUUAUCACCUCGGCCCUGGGUCACAUGUUCCUGACUUGCAUUCUGUGGCGGAUGACUAAGAAAAACACAGUAAGUCCCGAGGAGCGCAAGUCCUACAAGUGGAAGCUGCUGCUCUUCCUCUUCAACCUCGUCACGUUCUCCUUGGCUGUGUGUGUCUACUUCCACCACAACUGGUACUGCAAGGCUGGAGCCUAUACCAUCUUCGCUUUCCUGGAGUACCUGGUCGUCCUUUCCAACAUGGCUUUCCACAUGACCGCCUGGUGGGACUUCGGCAACAAAGAGCUGGUGGUCAGCUCCCAGCCAGAAGACAAACGUUUCUAGGGUGGCCUCGUUGCCCGUGCUGCUGCUAGCCUCUGGAGUCCUGCAAUUGGUGCGAGUGUUGGGGCCAGAUGAGCUCCUGGGAGCAACGCUGGGCAGGGAGGACCGUGAUGUGCUUUGAGAGGAAACCAAAAGCGCCCUUCGUUGAGACAUCACCAGGACCUCCCUGUUCUUGCACUGCUGCCGCCAGGAUCCUGUUAAAAACGCCUCCAGAAAUACCGGAGUGUGGGGAUUGUAGGAGAGUGGGAUGAUUACACACAAAUAACACAGCAGCCUCUCCAUGGAUCUGUCAUUCCUAUCAAGUGCCAGGACAGGAGCAGUUAGUGGGAGCCGAGGGGGCAGGACCCAGGUGAGUCGAUGGGGUAAGAUGUUGGCCCGUGUGGCUAGGAAUCCUUCUUCUGCAAGGCCGACUGAUGCAGGGAUGGGAUCUUCUUUACUGCCCUGCCCGGCUCAGCACAGCACCUUUCCCGCACCUGCUGCCUCACCAGGGCUCUUGCCGCAGCCCCAGACUCUCGGCAGGAACUACCACGGUUAACAGUUGUGAGCUGAUUGACGGGAGAUUCCUUGCCUUGGCCCUGGGAUUGGAACAGGACUUCUCCAGAGGGAGGGUCUCCGCUGAGCUCCUGACCCCCACUUCCCUUUCCCGGUAUUCCCUUUUGAGCGAACAAGAUGGAGGGAAAGGCUGAGAAUACUGGAGGAAAACCCCUCGCAAGGCAUUCAGUGUUGCUUAUUCUCAGUACCUUGGAAUAACUUCCAGUUCCCCUUCACUCAGACAUCAACUUGAGGGCUCGCUGAAGCAUGACCUGGCCCCUUUUUCUGCAUUGCCUUGGGCUGGCUAGUCCUCCCUGUGUUUUCUCCCCCCUCCAGUCCAACAGGUCGGCCUUGUUCACCCUGCAGAAUCCUUGGCCUUGGCCUCCAGAGGUGCUGUGACAGAGUGCUGAGGCCUGACAGAUGGGCCAACACUCUGAUCGUUUCCCGUGUGAUGGCUGAUUAAGGAGGUAGGGAGGAAUUAGCUAAUCAGAUGGGGAGGCUGGCUGAGAUAGGGAAUUCCUUGGAUAAAAGUCAGGGAGGCCAUGUUGGUGUGGCAGGAGACAGGGCUGGCUGCGCCUAGAUUGAAGGAGAUCCCAAGGAAGAGAGAUCUGGUUUCCUCCCGGGGAGGGGGCAGAGGGCUGGCACGUGGAGGACCUCCCAGGCCUGAGGGGGACAGCCUGAGAAAGGCACUGGAAUACCCAGGAGAAGGAUACAGAGGGAGUGGGCCGGGCUCAGAAGGUAGGUUUAGGCCUUGUGAGGAUCGAAGGGCAGGGCAGGAAGCCUGCCUGUGUUGUGAAGGGGAGAGGAAGCCUGGGCUGGGAGCAGAAGUGGGAGGGGCAAGGGAUGGAAUGGCUACCAAGUCAUUGACAUGGCAGCAUGUGGGGUGGGUGAGGGGUGAGCCCAGUGGGCAGACUCGCAGAGAUGACAGGAGCCUGCCCCAAGGGAGUUCACCAGGGAGGUGGAUAAACCCAUCCCAGGAUGUCUGGGUGAGCAGAGCUAGCAGGGUGCUCUGUCAGGCACCACAUUCUUCUGGUCCUAUGCGCCAAGACCCUUUGGCCAAAGCCAGAACAGAAUACAGCCAUUCAGUGAUCCAGUGGUAGCUGCCUCCUUGGAGCUCAGGGAGGGGACACAGCUGAUAAGUAACAGCAAAUGGGAAACUCUCCCUCUCCUUGUUAAUCAUCCUUUUUCUUUGGCAUGGAGUUGGAGGCAAGUGGAGUACAGAGGGACAGGCCCUGUGGCAGGGUUACAGGGCAUCCGAAAUCGGGAAGGACCCUGGGUAAUGUGUCUGAACCCAGGCAGAGGCCAUCAUGGGCCCUCCCCAGCAGAACAUGUGGGAUGGUCUAGGAGCCAACUGGGAAGGUCAGGAGAUGCUGGGUGCCUUCAGCUGGUGCUUUUUCUGCUCUUAGCACUGGUGAAACACAGCUCUGGUCCAUCAGACAGCCGGUACUGGUCUGUGCGGAAAGGCCAGGUUACCCUCUUGCAGGUCUGACGGGGCACCUGUCUCUGCUCUCUGCCAAGCGCCCUUUCAGAUCCCUGCUGGGGAGAUCAGCUGCAACCUACAUGGUGUCGCCUGGUCACUCAUCGAGGAGAAGUCACACACACACACCCUUCCCAACCAGCGCAGUGUUUGAGAGCAGCAAGCACAAGAUUGUCCAAGCAACAGUCCCAGGAGUGAACCUGCCUUGGGCUGCGAGGGCUCGGUGAGGUUGGGAUAAAGUCUGCUCGGUUCUUUGGCUUUAAUAGUCGCAAUCUCUCUUCCUAAUUUUCCUGGGCAUUUUGGAACUGCUGGUGCGGCCCUCUCUCACCAGCCGCUGCUGCUUGCAAGUGGAAUCCGCCGUGCGCAUCAUCCGUUACUGUAUGCAAUUACACUGUAUUCUACUGGGGUGGGGAUCGCGCACACUCUGUGCCAUGAUACUGACAGAUGUAUAUUUUCGUUGGUUUGGAGGAUGAAAUAAAAUGCUGAGUAUUUUUGUCAA